CGAAAAUACCAAUCCAGAGACGAAAACCGCACUCUCACUCCCUCUCUAGCUCGCUCUCCGGCGGUUCCAUCGAAUUGUUCCAGCAUUCCUUCCCGUCUUCAGUCAAUGGCGGAGAAUCCGAUCCUUCUCUCCGACGAAGACGCCGACGAUCCAGGCACUCCGAUUCCACCCCUCUCCAAGAGGCUCCGUGCCGCUCGAGCGGAGCUCGGCCUCGACCCGGCCCCUACCAUCUUCCUCAUCGAUGACGAUCCCUCUCCGUUCAAGCCGUCGCCGAAUUCCUCAUUCGCUCCCUCUGUCGUCCCGGAAACUCCGAUGUCUGAUGUUGCCGCCGCUGGGAGACGCACGGUGGACCUUUCGACUCCCGAAAUUAGGGUUCCUGAUUUUGGCCUCAUCGGCGAUGAUCCCUCUCCGUUCAAUACGAAACAGAAUUCCUCAUCUGCUGCCACUGUUGUACCGGAAACCCCGAUGUCUGAUGUCGCCGCCGCUGGCAGAUGCACGGUGGACCUUUCGACUCCCGAAGUUAGGGUUUCUGAUUUCGGCCGUAAGAUUUCUGGAAAUGGCGGAGUGACGCGCUUGGAGCCGGAACGUUUCGAGUCGGGAGAUUGCUCUGGAAGUGGAAAUCGGUGGGAGAAUGAGACCGUGGAUAUUGACGAUGAGGGCAAUGAUGAUGAGGCCGUAUGGAGGUCUAGGUUCUCUGAAUCAGUUGAUUCACUUGGUGGUGCUAAUCUCAGUCAAAUGUCGUCUGGAGUAAACUCUUCACACUCAAUGUUGUUAGAAGAUGAUCAGUUACACGACAACCCUGACAAAGAGAAUCUGGAGAUGGAGCAGAUGGAUGGUAUUGUAAAACAGAAAAGGAGAUCCAAGAGCAAGUCAGAAGAGAAAAAUAGUAAUACAGAUGAAGCAAUUGAAAAGAAGAGGAAAGCGAAAGAAGAAAGGGCUCGUUUGAUGGAAGAAAAGAAGCAAAAAAGAGAAGCAAGUUUCCUUGCUCUGUUUACUAGUUGUUGUGAAUCUGAAGAGAAGCUGCAAAAGGCAGCUCUGAAAGCUGAAGCAGCAGAGUUGAAAAAGCUCGAGAGAGAGAAACAGAAAUGGGAGAAAGGGAAGUUGGCCCUAAAAUCAAUUGUUGCUCAGUUGGAUGCCAAAGUAGUGGAGCAGGCCUCAGUUGGAGGACAUCUUCUGUCCAGGUUUGCUGAGAAAGGGCUUACAUACCAUAUAACAUCACAUCCAAUUGAAAGAUCAAUUAUGUGGUCAAUGAGUGUGCCAGAACAUCUUGCGCAGCUAUCGAUCCAAGAACAAGAUGUACGAUAUAUUUUAUUCAUCUAUGAAGCUGAGGAAUUUUGCAAUCUUGUAACCAGCGAAUCACUUAUUAAACAUGUCUGCAAAGUUCGAAGUCAGUAUCCAUCUUACACAGUUUGCUACCUGACGAAUAAGUUGAUGGCUUAUAUUAAUAAAAGGGAAAAGGAGCUGUACAAGAACCCAGAAAGUGGUAGCUCUUGGGUUCGUCCACCUAUUGAAGAGAUGCUGGCAAAAUUAACCACCCACUUUGAUAAGGUAUAUUACAGGCACUGUAGAGAUGAAGCUGAAGUUGCAGAACAUGUCGUUGGUUUGACAAGUAGUUUAGCUUCUUGCCAAUACAGAAAAAAGUUAACACGUCUCUCAGUUAAUGCCAAUGGGUCUGCUGUCCCAAAGGAUUUUAUUGACAAGAAUCUGAUAAAAAAGAGUCCAUGGCUAAAAGCUCUGGUUGCAAUUCCCAAGGUGCAGCCUCGUUUUGCUGUUGCUAUAUGGAAGAAGUAUCCUACAAUGAGGUCAUUGUUGAGCAUAUAUAUGGACCCCACCAAAACGGUUCAUGAAAAGGAGUUCCUGCUUGCGAACCUGACCGUAGAAGGGGUGACGGGAGCUGACAGAAGAGUUGGUGAAAUAUGCUCGAAACGAGUCUACAGAAUAAUGAUGGCGGAAAGUGGAAGCAUCAAAACUGACGAUGUUGAAGAUGGUGCUGAUUACUUUCAGCGCUAA